UCGCUACGAGAGGAUAUUUUCGCGAGUCAGCGGCUACACGUAGGCUACCGUUGUGCUGUCUUGAGAAGUUUUCACCACACUUAUUGUAAGGAAAGUUCCUAAAAGAAAAUUGCUGGCAAUAUGGAACAAGACUCAAAAGGACCUGAAUCUAAAGUGGACAUCGUGAGAGAAGUCGCGAGUGCUCUAGAAGAGGAAGAAUUUGGCAAAGAUUCCCCGGAACAGAAAGCUAAAACUGCCACGAAUCCACAACAACAAGAAAAAACGACAAAGCCAUUCGAAAGUGCUUCAUUAUCCAGUACUUACUCAACAGUUACUAGUUCUAUAAAGAGUCAAGAGCAGCAAAAAAUGUUGCGGCCCUUAGAACCAGUUCCAACGAAAUCAGGAGAGAAUUCGAACAUUUCAUCUUCCGGGUCUAGUACCUCAACGUGGCAACAGGCGCCAGAUAAUACGUCGGUAAAGAGUGAAUCGGUGGUGGAGACGGGCGGCAUGUGGGGAUGGAUGUCCAAUGCAGUGAGUGCGAGUUUACAAACGACUUCCUCCAUAGGCAGGAAUCUUGUUGAGAAAACAAAGAGCUCUGUGGAUACUGUCAUAACAACGUUGGACCCAGCCAUGGAGGAUUACUUACACGACAGGGGCCAAGCAGUUAAUCUCAUCCUCACAACAGAAGACCCCGCAGCAGUUGAGGCAGUACGUGAUGGAUUCAGACAGAUCUUUGAGUUGGCAUUUGUUACCAGCUGUUCAUCGGUGUCUAGUAUCGCGCCCUUACCUGUUGGGUGUUCUGCAGGAAUGAAGGGAGCUCAGCACAGGGUAUCACAUCUGCGGCGAACCAAGAAAGUCCAGGAUGACAAGGUGUUACUGGGAAUGGAAGAGUUUGUGGCUGAAUUAGUGCCCGGCAAAUGGUUUAGCAUGAUCUGUUUGCACCUGAGUGACCCCAUACUCAAGGCAGAGUUUCACACCCUAUCCCAAGCUGUGGAAAUUCCUAAACAGUACAUCACAAAAGCUGAACAGAGCACACCCUCAAACUACAACCUGCGCUGGUCUGGACUAUCGUUCACACUUGCAGAGGUUAUCCUGGGGAGUGGUCACACUCAUGGCGACUGGCAGUCACUACUAGGUGGUUGUUCAAGAAAACAGAUUUUAACAGUAGCGGCACGAACUCUUGCAGGACAAUAUCGGAACAAGCUGAACGAGACUGCAGAAUCUGUCAUGGAUAAGGCAAUUGUGUUAUGAAAAGCAUAGAGAACACCCCUCACGCCAAGAUGAUGUCACCGGCCUAAUGCUGCCUGAUGGGACAACAAAUAGAUGUAAACAAAAAAAACAAGUUUUUCAGGAAACAAAGUUUUCUCUUUUUUUUGCAGAGUUUUCAAAGGGCAAAGAAUUUGUAAUGCUAUGAUGCAAACGGGUAAUGACAAAUUGAAUUUACACACCUGAUUUCUCAGUUAUCUCUUUGAAUGGAGCAAGAAUAUACCUAUAUAAAUGCCCGAGUAACCAUACGUGCCUUUAUGUGCUCACUGGGUUCUUGAAGCAUUAUGAUAGAAUGUGCUGUUCUUUUAGCCUGUGUAGUAAGCGUUUCUCUGAGGGUUUCGACUGGUCAUUCUCUUCUCUCGCUUCCAAUCUCCACGUGAACCCUAGCCUGAGUAUCAGGCUUUUUAGUGGGGGGGGGGGGGGGGAGGAAAAAAGGGGAAAAAAUCCUUCUUCUCUCCCCAGUCCCCCUUCCCCUGAGUGAAACCCGACAGAAAUGCUACUUCUAAGCAGGCUAUUCUUCUUUGGAAGGAGUAGGUCAGCAGUUUUAUAAAGUUUGCAUGAUUUGUAUUAAGGUCAGAAAGACAGAAAUAGAAGAUAAUUUAUGUAAAAGAAAAAUUAGUACAGUUAAAAAUACAAAUGAGGAGCAAAAAAUAUAUGUGUAUGUUGGCAAUACCUUUGUUGAAUACCUUUGUUGAAAAUCGCUUAGUUCAAAAUACAAGACACAAUAGAAUCCAUGCAGUCUAAAACAUUGCGGAUUUCAGGGGUAUUUGUUAUUUAUUAGACAAUAUGAUGUCACUUAGUGGAAAUAAAGAAAUAAACUUUUGGUUCUCAA